AUGGCCUUUUCGAGCCCGGCCGGCAUCAUAUAUCAGGCUCUCAUACAGAGCAACUGCCAGACGUUUCUGGGCGGCGACAUCGAUGUCGACGUCGUGUCGCAGCUCGACGCCGUGGGCACCAGGUGGCAGGUCCACGUGCUGCGCACCGACGAUGCCGGGAAGCGCACCGCCGUGCUCAGCGGGGCGGCGCCGACGCUGCACGAGGCCUUUGAGGAGCUGCACCGCAAGUCGGCGCAGGCCGUGGACCGGUACGUGACCGCCAACGGCUUCGACGCCAGGGGGACGCCCGGGCGGCGGCGCGGCAGGAAGAGAUGCCCCGGUCGCCGGUCGGGGCUGCGGGAUGUGUCGACGGAGGGGUCGGCUUCGGAGAAGAGCCUCGCGUCGUCGAUGUCGACGCUGACGGCGAGCUCGGCGUCGGCUUCGGGCUCUGACUCUUCGUCCUCGGCUGGAGAGGAGGAAGAAGGAGAGGAAGUCAUCGAGGCUCCUAAGAAGUCGUCGGGCCGGAAGCAGGACAAGGUUAAGGCGCGGUCCAAGAAGCUGCCCGGUUUCGACUUGGCUGUGGAACAUGGCGCCGCACACCGGCCAUGGAACACGGGCCUGCCGCCACCUCCGGUCCGGGCCAACAAGGCCGGCCCGCAACCGCCUCCAGGUCCCCUGGGCGUCAGACCGCCUCCGGGAUGGCCUACCGGAAGGUUUCCAGGCACGGGGAACAUGGGCGACACCGGCAGAGGCGCCAACAAUACCAAGAUUCCGGGGCAUUUGCCGCCGCCGCCGCCCCUGUUAAAGGGACCCGGCGCGCGGCCCGUGACGCACCACCUAAUGCCCAUGACCAUGACGCCGCCCAUGAGCCCGCCGGUACACAUGAGCAUCAUCCUGACGGUCGACUGGGCGGGCCACGGGCAGGCCACGUUUGCCGACGAGUGCGACCUCAGCGUGACGGCGGUGCAGCGCAAGGUGCGCACGCUGCUGGCGCGGCGGGCGGGCGAGUUCGGCAACGCGUCGCCGCGCCACUUCCCGGCGGGGGCCCGGCCCGGGGGCUGCGAGGUCGCGGUGCGCAGGGUGCGCGUCGACGGCCAGGUGUUUGUCCUGGCGGGCGCCGACGACUGCCUGGCCAUGGUGGUGGCGAGCGUCGGGCCGGCGCCGCGAGUGGUGCACGUCUUUGUCGACGUCCGCGGCGACGAGCACGACGUCGUCUACUGCGAUGACUGA